CCUUUUGCAAGCACUAGUCCGUACAUCUCAACCUGUUCGUUUCCGGUCGUAGACAAUGCACACAGGAGCACGAGCCCUAUAUCAACAACCAACCAUGACAAGAGCCAAACCCCAAACAUCAAAGCCUCCAAAACUCAUAACUAUAUCAGACUCUCACACCCAUCUAUCUCCCCUCCACGCCCCCAACCCAUCCAAGACUCACUCUCCAAUUCCUCAAAUCAUCAAGCCCUUAACCUUCAACCCCGAAACCAUCAGCCCCGUAACCUCCAACCCCUAAACACAAUGCCCUCCCAACCACAACAACCACCCUCACAACAACCACCCUCACAACAACCACCCUCACAACAACCACCCUCACAACACCACCCCCCCUCACCCCCAACCCACCCCUCAGUCCUCAUCAUCGGCGCCGGCCUCGCAGGAAUAUACAUGCUGCACGCCCUCCGCAGCGCCGGCUUCACAUGCGCCAUCCUCGAAGCAUGCGCCGGCAUCGGCGGCACCUGGUACCAAAACCGCUACCCGGGCGCCCGCGUCGACACCGCCAUGCCACUAUACCAGUUUUCCAUUCCGGAGGUGUACAAGACCUUCAAAUGGCGCUCCACACACCCCACCCGCGCCGAGAUCAUGGAGUACAUAGACCACCUCGACAAAGUCCUCCACAUCACGCCCUACGUACACCUGCGCAAACGCGUCGUAGAGGCAUCCUACGACACGCACGCCCGCCUCUGGACCGUACAGACCCAAACCACCACCAACGACGACGACACAACCACCAAACCCCCAACAACCCCAACCCAAACAACAACCUUCCACGCCCCCUACCUAAUCAGCGCAACCGGCCUCGUCUCCCACCCCUACACACCCCCCUGGCCGGGCCUCAACACCUUCGCCGGCCCAAUCCACCACACAAAAACCUGGCCCCACACCGGCAUAAACGUGCGCAACUCCCGCGUCGCAAUAAUCGGCACCGGCGCCUCCGGCGUCCAACUCAUCCAAGCCCUCGGCAAAGAAGCCAAAUCCCUGAUCGUCUUCCAACGCACGCCGAACCUCUGCCUGCCCAUGCGCGCACGCACCCUUGAUGCCGAGGGACCAGAGCAAACAGAUGAGGAAUUGGCGCGGGUGUUUGCGCGGCGGCGGGAGACGUUUGCGGGGUAUGCGGGUGAGUUUGCGGCGCGGUCGGUGUAUGCGGAUGGGGAGGGGGCGCGGGAGGAGUUUUUCGGGGGCUUGUGGGCGCGCGGGGGGUUUGCGUUUUGGGUGGAGAAUUAUGCGGAUGUGUUGUUUGAGAGGGGGGCGAAUGGGGUUGCGUAUGAGUUUUGGGCGCGGGAGACACGGGGCCGGGUGGCGGAUGAGAGGAAGAGGGGGGUUCUUGUGCCGCGGGAGGCGCCGCAUUGGUUUGGGACGCGGAGGCCGUGUUUGGAGACGGAUUAUUAUGAGGUGCUUGGGCGGGAGAGUGUUGAGGUUGUGGAUUUGCGGGGGAAUGGGAUUGAGAGGGUUGUGCGGGAGGGGAUUGUGACGGCGGAUGGGGUGGUGAGGGGGGUGGAUGUUAUUUGUCUUGCUACUGGGUUUGAUGCGUUGACGGGGGGGUUGACGGGGAUGGGGUUGAGGGGGAGGGAUGGGGUUGGGUUGGGGGAGAGGUGGCGGGAGGGGGUGCGGACGAAUUUGGGGAUGACGGUGUCUGGGUAUCCGAAUAUGUUUUAUUUGUUUGCGGUUCAUGGGCCGAGUGCGUCGAAUGGGCCGUCGUGUAUUGAGCUUCAGGGGGAUUGGAUUGUGGCGGCGAUGGUGAAGAUGCGGGAGGAAGGGGUCGAGUCGAUUGAGGCUACGGCGGAGGCGGAGGCGGCUUGGACGAAGCAGAUUCAUGAUAUACUGCGGGGGACGCUGGUACAGGAGACAAACUCGUGGUAUAACGGGGCGAAUGUGCCGGGGAAGACGGUGGAGCCGUUGAUAUUCUUUGGGGGAUUUCCGGAGUAUCGGAGACAGAUCUACGAGGUCUUGGAUAAUGACUUUCGGGGGUUUGUGAAGGUUAUGAAAGAGCAGGUUGUGGGGGAGGAAUCGACGGAACGUGGUGCGGCGUCCUGUGCAGAUAGGCCUAUUCAUGUGUAG